GAUCUUGUUUUAUCCAUGCAUUGUGGAUUCRUUAGUUGUGUUUUGUUGUACGGUUCUGCUUUCUUUUCUCAUAACACUGUUCURCMUUCACUCCCAGGUGCCGGAGAAUCUGGGAAAAGUACAAUAGUCAAGCAGAUGCGAAUAUUGCACGUAAAUGGCUUCAAUGCAGAAGAGAAAAAACAGAAAAUUCAUGAUAUCAAAAACAACAUAAAAGAAGCUAUAGAGACCAUCGUGGCUGCCAUGAACACGCUCACGCCUCCGUGCAAGUCAGCGUCUCCUGCAAACCAGUCCCGGGUCAAUUACAUCCUGAGCCUAGUAAACCAGAAGGACUUUGAUUUUCCUUCAGAGUUUUAUGACCACACAAAGACUCUCUGGCAUGAUGAAGGUGUGCGGGCAUGCUGGGAAAGAUCCAACGAAUAUCAGCUCAUCGACUGCGCCCAGUAUUUUUUGCAUCUACUUUUUAUAAUACAAAGUCUCCUAUAUUUACUGCUUGCUUUUCCUCCUCUCUUUCAGGACCUCUUGAGAUGCAGAGUUCUGACGUCUGGGAUCUUUGAAACCAGGUUUCAAAUCGACAAAGUUAAUUUCCAUAUGUUUGACGUCGGAGGUCAGAGGGAUGAACGCCGAAAAUGGAUCCAGUGUUUUAAUGAUGUGACAGCCAUCAUCUUUGUGGUAGCAAGUAGCAGCUACAACAUGGUGAUCAGAGAAGACAAUCAUACCAACAGACUACAGGAAGCACUCAAUCUGUUCAAGAACAUUUGGAACAACAGGUGGCUACGGACGAUUUCGGUAAUCCUCUUCCUGAACAAACAGGAUCUUCUAGCUGAGAAGGUUUUGGCGGGAAAAUCUAAAAUCGAGGAGUAUUUUGGAGAAUUUGCACGCUACACUACGCCUGAUGAUGCAAUACCAGAACCAGGAGAGGAUCCCAGGGUGACCAGAGCAAAGUACUUCAUACGGGAUGAGUUUUUGAGGAUCAGCACAGCCAGUGGGGACGGACGGCAUUACUGUUACCCGCACUUCACYUGUGCCGUCGACACGGAAAACAUCCGGCGCGUCUUCAGUGACUGUCGGGACAUCAUACAGAGGAUGCACCUACGGCAGUACGAGCUCUUGUGAUGCGCAGCUACGCCAGGCCCGCCCUACUUACCCAACGACCACCCGCCUCACUAUGACCAGUUAGCCAAUCACCUCUUCACUGUUACCAAAUUCACCUAAACGACCGAUAAGCCUGACCUCUCCUCUCCUCCACCCGAUCCUCCUGGUAAUCCAACUUCAUAACCACGGAAAAGUGGGAAGACUUUUUACCAUCGGCUGUCAGCCUCUCAUUUAUACGACCACCCGCUCACAGGUACACAUGCACUACAGAAUGAGACGUUCAGACCCUUGAAUAUUGCAUAAUCAUGACCCACUCCAGCCUUUUACUCUAAAAGUUAGCAGAGGGGGGGAAUCUGCUCACAUGCAGGAGUUUAUUCACCGCGUGCUGAAGAGAAUAGAUGGACUCGGAUGGUGGCAAGCUGAAACAGAGGAGUGGCUGUCAGCUGUUUUUUUGUUGUYGUUUGUUUUGUUUUGUUUUAUUUUCUCCYGUGCCCGGCAUGGACAGACUAAUUGAUUAAUGGCUGCCUGCGGACGUGAGCGUGACUCUGAGAUGAAGCCAUGCUGCUCUCAUGGACUGCUUUUCAAGAAACUAGUCGAGGACACACAAGCAAACAAAAAAAUAUCAUACGAUGCAUAAGAAUCAUGCAUCCAAUGAACUUAAUGCAGUGCAAAAAAAAA